GAGGAGGAGGAGGAGGAGGAGAGGAGGAGGAGGAGGAUUAUUAGCGGGGAGCGUGAGCGUCCGCUGCCCAGCAAAACUUCUAAAGAUUUGUAGAAGAUAGAAAACAACCCAAAAGGCUCAAGCACUAUUGUACUCAUGGUCCUAACAUAAGUCAUUGGAUGUGAGCUAAGAAUUCUAAGAAGAUAAGAGAGGAAAAAUAAUACUGGAAAUGUAGUGUCCUUGGCCUCGUGUAUAUAAUUUUACAGAUGUGCUGUUUUGUUUUUAAACAACUUCAUUGAUUCAACCCAAUUAAGUGCUUGGCUGGAAGUAAAGAAAAAAGUCAAGAUUUUCAAAUAGUCCUUUCUGGAAGAAAUGCCUUUUUGAACUAAACCAAAUGGGAUUCAGAGCAUAAAUUAGAAGAGAGCUGAACAAUACUCCAAUCUCAACUACAGCCCUACCUCUUUCAUUUUUUUAGCUGAGAUAUCCAUCACUUUGGGUGAUCAUUGCCAUUACUAGCUAUGUUUCAUUCGUUCUCUGAAACCCAUCACCCUUUGCAAGCUGAAGAACAAGAAGUUGGCGUUGACCCUUUGCUGGGUUAUUUGAAGUCUGAAGGUGAAUCCAAUGAAAAUGGAAGAAUAAAUCCUACCACGGACUCUGAUGGAACUUUUAUUUCCUACAGUAAAGAAUGGGAAGAACUAUUUGUAAACAACAAUUACUUGGCAACUAUACGGCUGAAGGGGAUUAAUGGGCAGCUGAGAAGCAGCAGGUUCCGCAGUGUUUGCUGGAAGCUUUUUCUGAAUGUUCUUCCUCAAGAUAAAAGUCAAUGGACCAGCCAAACUAAGGAAUUGAGAGCCUGGUACAAUAACAUCAAAGAAAGACAUAUUACCAACCCUCGGAAGGCUGCGGGACAGCAAGAUUUGAUGAUCAAUAAUCCUCUCUCCCAGGAUGAAGGGAGUCUUUGGAACAAAUUUUUCCAGGAUAAAGAGCUUCGAGCAAUGAUUGAACAAGAUGUCAAAAGAACGUUUCCUGAAAUGCAGUAUUUCCAGCAAGAAAAUGUGAGAAAAAUUCUUACAGAUGUUCUUUUCUGUUAUGCGAGAGAAAACGAGCAGUUGCUUUAUAAACAGGGUAUGCAUGAGCUGUUAGCCCCGAUAGUCUUUAUCCUCCACUGUGACCAUCAAGCCUUCCUACACGCGAGUGAGGCGGCACGGCCAAGUGAGGAAAUGAAAGCCCUUUUGAACCCUGAAUAUCUGGAACAUGAUGCCUAUGCGAUGUUUUCACAUCUUAUGGAAACUGCUGAACCCUGGUUUUCGACUUUUGAGCAUGAUGGUCAAAAGGGAAAAGAUACAGUGAUCACAACCAUCCCGUUUGCCAGACCACAGGAUUUAGGCCCAUCUAUUGCUAUUGUUACAAAAGUAAACCAGAUUCAAGACCAUCUGCUGAAGAAGCAAGAUAUUGAACUCUACAUGCACCUGAAUAGACUAGAAAUUGCUCCACAAAUUUAUGGGCUGCGAUGGGUCCGAUUGCUUUUUGGACGAGAAUUCCCUCUUCAGGACCUUCUGGUUGUCUGGGAUGCUUUAUUUGCAGACAGUAUCAAUCUGGGCUUAGUGGACUAUGUUUUUGUAGCUAUGUUGCUAUAUAUUCGUGAUGCAUUGAUCUCCAGUAACUAUCAAACCUGCCUGGGACUUCUGAUGCAUUACCCACCAAUCGGGGAUGUACAUUCGCUUAUCCUCAGGGCCCUUUUCCUUCGAGACCCAAAGAGAAACCCAAGACCAGUGACGCACCAGUUCCAACAAAAUUUAGAUUAUUACAAGGCUUGUGGAGCAGAUCUUAUGAAUAAAACCAGGGCUAAUGCCAAAGCUGCCCCUCUGAAUAUAAACAAGGUCUCCAACAGCCUCCUUAAUUUUGGCAGAAAGUUAAUUGGUCCAGCAAUGACCACGGGCAAUGCUGGAGGCCCUGUUCCCAGCAGCAAUAGUGCCAUCUCUCCUGCUGGGAUGACAGUCAGGACCCCCGCAGAGGCCCCUCGUCACCAUCACCCACCACAGCAGAUGCAGCAGCAAAGAAUGAUGAAAUCAGAGAGCAUGCCGGUUCAGCUCAGCAAAGGAGAUGUAGUUACAGGAAGCGAUGCUCAGGUUUCUGUUCCUGUCCAGACUCUAACUGACCUCCAAGGACACAGCACUAAGAACAUCAGUUCAUCUCCAAGCAUUGACAGCUUGCCCGGGGGAAGGGAGUUCACGGGUUCCCCACCCUCAUCUGCUACCAAGAAGGACUCUUUCUUCAGCACCAUCUCCCGUUCCCGCUCCCACAGCAAAACCAUGGGCAGAAAAGAAUCUGAAGAAGAGUUAGAAGCUCAAAUUUCAUUUCUUCAAGGACAGCUGAAUGACCUGGAGGCCAUGUGCAAAUAUUGUGCUAAGAUGAUGAACACUCACCUGGGAAAUAUUCAAGAUGUCAUAUUACAGGAAAAUUUGGAGAAGGAAGAUGAAAUACUGGUCUCCUUAGCAGGAUUAAAGCAGAUCAAAGAUAUUCUCAAGGGUUCCCUCCGCUUCAACCAGAGCCAGCUGGAAGCCGAGGAGAACGAGCAGAUCACCAUAGCGGACGACCACUACUGCUCCAGCAGCCAGAACCAGGCCUUGGCGGAGGGCGACGGGCUGCCCUCUGGCCCGGCGUGGAAGCAGCAGACCCCCUCUGGUUUGCCCGGGAGCUCCGAAAGCAAGCGUUCAGACGAUUAUAUCCUGGUUUCCAAAGAAGAGGAGGAGGGCAGUGGGAGCGCAGCCUCGGGCGGGGCUCAGUCCCUCCGCACCCACAAGGGUCCGUCGGGGAAGAACAAGGCGCCCUCCCGGGUGUCCCUGGUGUUCUCCGACCCGCUGAUGGGCACGUCCGUGUCCUCCAGCACCCCGAGCUCCAGCUCCGACGACGACGACAGCAGCAAUAACAGCAAGGAUUCCGAUUUCACCAUCGUGAGCCCCCUGGACGUCUAAGUGCGUGGGGUCCGAGCCCUCGCCCGAGACGCCCGCGGCCCGAGACUCCGGAGGACUGACUUAACUCCAUCAGCCCCUAAAGCCUAAAUAGUCACUCAGCAUACACUUGGUGAUAAGUACAUUGGAGCACUGCCAAGGGAAUAAAAAUUAAGUGAUCAGGGCCCUACAACCGGCCUGACUAUGUCCCCCAGACUCUCCGUGGGCUGGUCUGAGCCCUUCCACUGGAAUCGGGCCUCGCGCGUGCUCCCGGCCAUUGGAGUCACUUCCUGGGGCCUCAUCCUGCCAGGAGAAGGGGACGGAUGCUUCUUACAGUGUAUCUGGAAGGAAGACUAGGUUGUCACAGCCUGGCAGAGUUGAAGGGCAUCGUGGAAGGCUCCUCUCCCCAAAUCUGUGUCCCAGUCAGAGUGCUUCUUUCUCAGAGGCCCCCGUCAGUGAUCAAAAUAAAAUGAGCAGGACAAAGGGUGGGUUUAAUAGGGAGAACUUGAGCUAGUUUAGGCUCAGUCCGCCUUCAGACUUUAUAGGAAAAUGCUUGUGGUUUCUAGAUUUAGAACUAAAUGAUCAAAAUCAUGUUUUGGUGUGUUUUGGAGCCAGAUUUCUUACUUGGUUUGGACAAGACAUUUCUCAGCCGCUGGGCCAUUAUCAUUCCACGCACCCAAGUUUGGAUGGCAGUCAUAUAACAUACCUUGAAAGUAUAUCACACAAUUAAAAAGUAGGGCCAUUUGAAGCUAUUUUAAAAGCAACAAGAAAAUGCCUAUUCUUUAAGUUGGAAGUUAACUGUUUGCUGUAUUGCUCCAUUAACGAUGGAAAGCAAACCCCUUUCAAAACAAGCCAGAAGCACAAAUCCUGAGCUUAAAAUUGUGCUUUUCUGGAUUUCUCAGUUCCCAUGCCUUGUCCCAGAGAAAAGGGUGAAGAGAAGGGCUGACCGGCUUACCGUCCCAACGCUGACCCCUUCCCACCUUUCUCUCCUCCUCACUCUGCCCCCAGUGACCACCCUUGCCCUAACAGCAAUGGUGGGGCCGGAGGCAGGGAGACGAAGCAGGUGUGGGGAGGGCAGACUAGGGAUUCGAGAUGUACAUUCCAUAUCUUAGGCCAUGGGAGAUGGCCUCUCGGAUGCUCGUUUCCUCGCUGGGCAUCCGAGUUGGGAUAAUUUGCUUCUUUGGUAGCUAAGUCUUAGACACAUUGGUUUCUGAGCAAAGAUUAAGUACUCCUCCUCAUCAAAGUCUUGUUCACGAUGCGCAACUGGCCACUUACCAAUUACCAUAGCUUGGAAAAUAGAUGACAUUAGGAAAUGGGGUUACAUACUAGCAGCCUAAUUCUUUAAAGGAAAGAAGAGAGCUGAGAAAGGAAAAAUGUUUCCUUUGCCUUACCUAGUUUCCUUUUAUAAAUGGCUACCCUGACUUUAAUGAAGUCGGCACCUUGGUAUAGAUUAAACUGGACCCACAUCAGCUCCUUCCCCAAGAGGAGCAUUUGGCAGAGGAUCAGCCCACGAAGCCAGUGGUCUACAAAUAGUGUGACCCCCGGAAGGGAGUGGGCUUGAGAAGGUUUUAUGGAAGCAGUAUUCCUCUGUGAGGUUAAUGGGCUCGGGAAGAUGGGAGGAAGAACUGAGGUACGACUGCAUUGACAGAAGCACUUUAUAGCCCAUUGCUCCUCGCCUUGUAGACAAGGUGGACGAUGACCCCAUGUCCUCCUUGAUAGAGGAGAUAAUGGCAACUUGGUGGUGUCCGACCGUGAUGGAGAAGAUCUCAUUUGUUCUAGGACUCGUUUCUAACAUCAGUAGGAAAAACCAUCCCUAACAUUUAGUGCAUAAGGUGUUUGAUCGUUGUCUUUUGCUGAGAUAAAGCAUCAUUCUGCAUCCCAGCCUCGCUUGGCAGAUGUGUUAAGUAUUGUAGUUACCACCUCUUAAUUUUAAAUGGUUCUCUCGGCACCUCCAGAAGGGGAGUGUGCGGAAAGGGCUUUGCCAAACUGCUGCCUUCCAAACCUCUCAAGUGUUUGCCUGACUCCCGUCCUGUGGCAGAGCUUCUGUCCCUCCUACCCCCCUUGGUACGCUGGCUCUGGUGGAAGGUGGCUCAGCCCUGGGAGGGGCUCCCUGGGGAGCCCGGCGUUGGCUGGCUCGGAAUUAAGCAGGCGGGAUGCUGGGGCGCAGGGUGACCGGGUACUCGUGCCCGAGGCAAAGGCGUCCUGUCUUCGAGACCCUGACCCGAGAUCGCUGGUGCCUUGUGAGCCAUGGCAGCGAUACCCAGGCGUUGCUUGCUUAACUUGGCCAAAUCAAGACCGCUGGGCCUUCAGCUGGCAGGUCAUUCCGGGAGGGUCUUGCCUGAGCAGAAGCAGCUCAGCUGCCCUCCAUCCAGGGCAGCACCAGGCUGUUUGGUUUGCUUUGGUGCAGUUUAGCUGGGCUGUGGGGGGGGGCAGCUUCCUUUUCCUCUCCAGGAUUAGGGGCUCAAAGGGUGUUUUUUGUUUGUCUUCAUACACCAGAUAAAAACUACCCUUUUCUUUGAACCCUUAAAGCCUUAACCCUUCCAGCUAACAGAAUUGUUUAUUCUGUAGCCCAAAGUAUUCUUUGUUUUGCCUUUAAGGAAGAUGUUCUGGAGUAAGCAAAGCUCCUGAGCAACACCAUCCAGACAACUACAGGUUAGGAGAGCUUUUUUCAGCUUGUCACUUCUUCAUUUAGGGAGUGAUUAGCUUUUCUGAUGCCCCUAUUUUUUUUUUUUUUCUAUUUCAACACUGUUCUUAUCUCUAGUCUCUGUGCCAUGAAGGAAGAUAAAGGGUUCAGUCUUCUUUGUUAUCUUAUCAGAUACUUAUGUUUAAUCAUUCUUUUAAAAAAAAAAUCCUGAAAAUAUGAAACUUUUUUUGCUGGUUUUUAAAUUGUUUUUUUCUUUUUUGGAGGGGAGGGGAGGUGAUCGUUCUGUAUCAACAACUUUUUAGAAAUCAGUGACUCUUUUUUGGUUUAAUGCUACCUACCAUGUCUUGAUUUUUUAAGGUUUAAAGCACAUUUUAUAUCAGUAAGAUUUAAGUCAAUCCUGUUACUCAACUUUAUAUAGUUUUUUUUAUUGUAUCCUCAUGCAUCUCAAAUAUAUUCUAUCACAUGAUCAGACUGGAAAUGUUGUGUGGACUCAGCUCCCCGCAGUGAGUCUGAGAGACGCAGAUUGGAGAGAGAAACCAGAGUCGUCCCGACGAGGUUCUGUGAUGUCAAGGAAGAAUUUGCCACUUUAAAAUGACCUGAAUUCUUCUUCCAAAGAUGACCUCCUCCUCAUAAAGUCCAAUGGCAGCCAUAUUCUCAUAGGAAAUAAUAUGCAUUGUGUAGUAUUUCAGUGUGAAUGAGUGAAUGUGAGACUUAAAACAGACCUGGACCUCCCUGUGCUUACUGUCCGUCCCGCGGGACUGGGUCCCGUCUUGCAUGAGACAUGAGCUCGGAGCAGCAUUCUGCAGGAAGCCACUAAAGCUGUGUCUUGCUUGGGGUGAGUGUGGGGGAGUUUCCUAGCUGGAGGAAUGUCUAGCCUGCUUUAUUAAAGAAACCGCUAACAAACACAAA